AUGAGGAAGCUCUUCAGCUGCGAGGGGCGCCCGGGCCGCACGGCGCUGGGCGCCUCCGGGCACGACGAGUACGCGGGUCCCGGGUACCACGUCCGGGACCGCGAGCUGCGGAGGGUCCACAGGGCGGCGGCCCGGGGCGACGCCGCGGAGGUGGAGCGCUGCCUGCGGCGCCGGAGCCGGGACGUGGACGCCCGCGACAGGCAGGGCAGGACUCCUCUGCAUUUGGCCUGUGCACUUGGCCAUGUGGAAGUGGUCACUCUGUUGGUAAGCAGAAAGUGCCAGAUUGACAUCGAUGACAGACUAAACAGGACCCCGUUAAUGAAGGCUGUACAUGGUCAGGAGGAGGCUUGUUCCAUUAUUCUGCUGGAGCAUGGCGCCGAUCCAAACAUUCAAGAUGUCUACGGCAACACUGCUCUUCAUUAUGCUGUAUAUAAUAGCGUGACUUCACUGGCAGAAAAACUGCUCUCCUACCAAGCAAAUAUUGAAGCAAUAAACAAGGAGGGAAACACGCCGCUUUUAUUUGCUAUAACUUGCAAGAGGCAGCAAAUGGUGACGUUUUUAGUGAACAACCAGGCAAAUGUCCACACUGUUGACAAUUUCAGAAGAACAGCCCUCAUGCUUGCCGUGCAUCAUAACUUGCCAAGUAUUGUCAACCUUCUCCUUGAAGAAAAUGUUAGUGUCUUUUCUCAGGAUAUGUUUGGACAAACGGCAGAAGAUUAUGCUGUUUGUUGUGAUUUGGUAAGGAUUCAACAACAAAUUUUGGAACAUAAAAACAAGAAAUUAAAAAAUCUUCAAGAUGACAAUCGAGAAACAGCAGCUACAAAGCCUACACAUUUCAAAAAAAUGAAGAAGCGAAGUAUAUUAGAACAUGACUUAAAAGUGGCUUCAGAGGAAACAGAAGAAAGGCUCAAGAGAAGUCAGAAUAUACAGCCACAGGAUUUUCAAAGUCAUGGAAGAAAGAAGGAUGUCAUGUAUGAAAAUUGCAUGUUGAAGAGAGAUACUGCCGUACUCAGACGGAAAUUACACACAAUAAAAAAUGCCAGUCUCAGAAAGGAAAAGGAACAUAUUCAGGAAAUUAAAAGAAUUAAAGAAAUAAAUGCUAACUUUCGAAAGAGUGUAAGACUCAAUGAGGAAAUGAUAACAAAAACAAUAUCACAGUAUUGUCAACGGCUUCAUGAACUCAAAGCUAAGAAUACAAGGCUGAAUUCAGAACUGGAAAAGGAGAAACACAGCAAGGACAGAUUGGAAACUGAAAUCGAAUCCCUCCAUUCCAUCCUGUCUGCUGCUGUGAAUGAGCACAAUGAAAGGGCAAAAACAAAAUUCCUACAAGUUGCUUUACAGAGAGCACAAGAUGUUUCUGUACAAGAAAUAAUGACUUCUAAUAUUUCUCAACUAAAAGAUAAGAAUGAGCUGCUUACGGGACAACUUUCUAAAGGUCGGAUGAAGUUCAGUACCUUAAAAGAGAAGCUCCAGGAGACAAGAGAUGCUCUCAGGGAAAAGACGUUGGCUUUAGAGAGUGCACAGAGGGACCUAAGGCAAAAGCAGCAUCGAAUAAAGGAAAUGGAACAGAUGCAUCUAAAUGAGGAAGCUAAAGAGAGUCAGUUCAUUGGAAAGCAGAACAGUGCGGAGGAGAGAAUACGUCAACUAGAACGUGAAAAUCUCUUGCUUGAACAACUACUACUAGAGGCUGCUUGUAAGAAAGGCAAUAAUGAAAACAUAGUAAUUAAUAUCCAAGGAGGCUGUCUUGAGAGUGAAAAGGAAGAUCUUCUUCUAGAAGAGAAAAAUAAAGAAUUAACAAAUGAAUAUAAUUAUUUAAAAGAAAAACUGUUUCAGUAUGAAAAAGAAGCAGCAGAAAUAAAAGUGAUUGUGAGACAACUUCAAGAAGAACUGGCUGGUAGCCUUAAAAAAGUAUCUAUGCCAGAGUCUCCACUGGAAGGCACAUCACGUUGUCACAUUAAUUUGGAUGAGACAUGGGCUUCAAAGAAAAAAUUAUUUGAAGUAGGAAAUCAGUCUGAAGAAAAGGAAGAAUUAAGAAAACUUUUUGAGUUAAUAUCAUCACAGGAGUAUAAUAUGGAUCAAAUAAGAAAGAAAAAUAAUGAAUUAGAAGAAGAGACAACUGGAUAUAAGAAACUCCUAGAAAUGACAAUAAGUGUGUUAAAUGUAUUUGGAAAUGAAGAUUUCAGUUUCCAUGGAGACUUAGAAACAGAUCAGCUGAAAAUGGAUAUUCUGAUUAAGAAGAUAAAACAGAAGCUUGAUGAUCUUAUAGCAGAAAAGGAAGCUGUAUCUUCAAAAUGUAUCAAUUUGGAUAAAGAAAAUAAAGUUAUUCAACAGGAGUUAUUAUCUAUGAAGAAAGUACAAGAGAAACGUGAAAAACUUGAGGAUAAAAAGAUGUUGGAAGAAGAACUAUUAAAUCUUAAGACACAUAUGGAUACAAAUAUGGUAGAAGUUGGUGAAGUACGAGAAUAUAAAUUGGAGGUGGAAGAAAAGGCAAUGCAGGCAAUAAAAAACUUAGAAGAAACCCAUUUACAGAAACAAGCAGAUUAUGAAAAACAAUUAGAGCAGCUAAACAAGGAGCAUACAGCUUCACAAAAUGAGAUGGAACUCAAGAUUAAAGAUGUGAAAUGUAAACUCUCCGAAAUGAAAACUGCUUAUGAAGAGGUUACAAACGAAUUAGAAGAAUAUAAGGAAGCCUUUGCAGUAACAUUAAAAGCUAACAAUUCCAUGUCAAAAAAAAUACAUGAGAUGGAAGAAGAAAAUGGCAGCACCAAGCUCCUUAUGGAGAAGGUGAGGAUGAAAUCUUGUCUCAGCAUUCUUCCUAUGAGGCCAGACCCAAAGUCACCUCAUGUUAAAAAUCUGAGUAGUAUAGAAUGCAACAGAAAAUAUAUUCCUGAAACAUCCUGGAAAAAUUCCUACUUCAGACCCCCAGACUUCAAAUAA